AUGCCUCUCUCUACUCUCCCUCCAGCAUCUCUCAAAUCCAUCCUUUCCUUCCUUGACAGACCCUCCCUCUACAAUCUCUCUCUCGUCUCCAAGCAAUUCCACAAUCUCGCCGAACCUUUUCUCUACACAACCGUUGAACCUGUCUAUAAUGGCAACGAAUAUACCUACAAAUCCUUUCUGCGAGCUAUACUGAACAGGCCAGAGCUAGCUCGCCAUGUACAAGCCUUUCGCGCAUUCCCACAGCCUGACGAAGAAGGAUGGCAGUUUGAACCAACAGUUGACGAUCUGAAAUUAUUCCUAGAAGCGACUUCUAAACUUAAGCUGCCAGAUGAGUUUAUUGAAAAGUUGAAUCAUGGUCUUACGAUUGGGAUUCUCGAUGCAGAGAGUACUUUGAUAUUGUGUCUUCUGCCGAAUCUGGAGACGCUGAUUCUUGAUGAUGUGGACGAGCCGGAACUCACCCUGACAAUUCUGGAAUAUGCAUCGUUUGAUUCGGAGGUCGAUUUUUCAGGCUUGUCGAAUGUCAAGCAUUUUAUCACCGAUACGAAAGAUGUCGACGGGGGGAAUUCGAUGACAGAGCAGUAUUCUGCUGCGUUCAACAUUGCGUCCCUCAAGACAUUCAAGGCCAACAUGCCGCAUCGGGACUACUAUCAAACGAACAUAUUCUCCCCAGACACAUCCUCAGUCGAGAGUAUAACUCUCGUCCAAGGCGCCCUCUGCAAAGAGUUCUACGAAGCCAUGAUCGACAGCUGCAAAACCCUCACCACAUUCCACUACAGCCUCACUCGAAUCCCCUUCUUCGAGCCCCAUCUCACAGGAAACAUCAUCAUCACCGCUCUCCUCAAACACAAAUCCACACUCGAGGAUCUCACCAUCUCCCUCGACGAAGACUGGGACAGAGCGUACUGGGAUGACGACCAAAUCCUGCACAUGGGGACAACACUCGCUCAAUUCCACAACCUCAAAACCCUCCGCACGGGCAUGCAGUCUCUGCUUGGUAUACUUCACGCCCAGCCAGAUGAGAACUUCCGCGACGAGGAUUAUCCUCUCGAGCCGAAGAAUGUCCCUGUACCGGAUCUGGUGGAUGUGCUGCCCGAGUCGCUGGAAAGGUUGACGAUUCUGUAUGCGAAUGCGAAGAUCGUGCCGCAUCUGAAGAAGCUGGCGGAGGCGAAGAGGCAUGGAAAUUUGAAGAAUGUGUAUGUAUCAUUUUGUACAGAAUCGACAGAGGAGAGGGAUUUGGAUGUGCAUAUGGAAGGGGUGGAUGUUGUGUUUGAGUAUCACAAUGCGCAGCAGAGGUUGGAGAUGAUGGACUGCCAGAACUGGGAUAAGUUUCUCGAAGAGCAUCCAUAG